AUGUUGGUCAUUUUGUAUUUUUCUUCUUCUUCUAAACAAUCAGCACUUCCUGCCAAAAAGGUAAACAGUCGAAGUCAGUCCCGUUUGACAACAAUCACCUGUGCCGAUUCCUCAGACAACAAAACAUCACCUCACCAACAAGUUGACAAAAGUAUUAAUAUUCGCUUCAGCUUGGCCUCAGCAAGUUCCUGGAGUAAAGGUUAUGCCAGCAUUCACGGUGGACAUACCGAUUCAGACCGGGAAGAAAUACUCAAGAAAUGUGUUCGGUUAUUACAGUCAUCCAAGAGAUCAAUAAACCAAGAAGAUACGAGGAAGUCAGAGGGAACAUGUGACUACAGUUUGCUUUUUUACGGAUCGAAUGGUGUCCAUUCAAACAACAGCAAAGUGACUGCAAAAACGCGCCUGGGGACACGCCCACUUAACAAGAAGCAACCGACGACAUUGGACGACGUACAAGCGCCUAAAAUUCCUAAUCUGGAACCAAGCGACACAGAGGAAGAGAAAGAGCUGCUCCAAACUGUCACGCAUUGUAAAACAACUGUAAUACAUUAUAAAUCUGGGCGCGUUGCGAUUGUGCGCUUCCAAGUCGUCAGUUGCCUCGGUAACUGUAACCACCCCGCGUGCUAUUCUACCUUGGUCUUCGAUGACGUUCCGGGUAGCAAGGUGCUUCUCGCUUUUCAACCAGACGGUACCGGUUGUUGUCAUUUUAAGAACGGUCAGAUCAAGUAA